UGUGGGAGGAGCGAAGUCCGAGUCCGCGAGAGUUUCGCGCUGAAACCUGCAGGUGAUUUCCCGCUUGUGUUUUUCUCACAGUCGUUUUAUCUAAAACAGUCCAACAUACUUUUUAUUCCGAUUCUGACACACACAAUCUCACUCAGUACGACUAAAAGAUCCGCGCCGGUGAGAGAGUGAAAGGAAAACCUGCUUAAACUUGCAUUCUGACUUCAUUCUUCUUUUACAGAUGAAGAAAUGCCAUACAUAUUUAUGGACAUAAAGACAAAUAAAACCGGCCUGCCUACAGCUCUCUGUCUCCGAUCCAAUGGAUCCUUGUGCUGAAGAUCCGGCCGGAAGACCCGAGGAUCAUGUGUUUCAUGGAUGGGAUGUUCCUGUGUUUUCAGAGCAGGAUUAUUUGGAUUUAUACACACCCGUCUCUGAUUUAAUAGCAGCCGAUCAGAAGAAAGAGCAGGUGAAUGUGAACAUGAAGAAUGAGGAAGCAGCUGUGAGGAAAACACCUGUACAACACCUGCGCGAGCCUCAGGACUCUUGGAACAUCGAUUUAAUCGAUUCAGCCCGAGGCAGCAACAGCCGAACAGCAUUGCUCUGCAAGUCAACAUCGCUAAUCCUCUCAGAACACAGCGUGACCCAUGACGAGUCCAGCAGGAGUGUGUCGUGGGGUCGUGACGAGUCCAGCAGGAGUGUGUUCUGGGCCCGUGUGGAUCCUGUGCUCGUGUCCGAUGACCUGCUCUUCAGGGUCUCUGUGCCGUGGCGUUCUGUGGAACUUCCCAUCAGAUGGAGACUGAACAGCACAGCCCGGGAACUGAUGGAGGCGGUUCUGGAGACCCUGGAUCAUCAAGCUGGAGUCAGUGGGCAAUACCUGAUGAAGCUCUGUGACUCUGAGGAGUUUCUCAGAAGCGAUGAAAUCUUGGGAUCUCACGAGCAGAUCCAGGUGCAUCAUAAGUUUGCUUCAGAUGUUCCCGUGAGGAUGAUGCUCUGGGACAGCAUUGACAAAACCCUGGCGCGAGAUGAGGAAGACGACAGGCAGGCGUUUCAUUUUAACCCAGUCCUCGAGUCCGCUUCUGCGUCCAGCACGAUAAGGUCGUGUCUGCAGGAGAAACUAAAUAUCUACAGCAAGGCAGUAAACGAGCUCAUGAGAAGCCAGUGUGGUGUGUGUGCGGUGGUGGACAGCGUUGGCGGUGUGUGUGAGCAGAUGUGUGGCGUGACUACAGCAGAUCUGGAGGAGGCCGUCGGGCGGCUGGAGCGCUUCGCUCCUCUGGCACAGAGUCCAGUGGAAACCAGUGACUGUGAAACGGCUGUAGUCGAGCUCCACCAAGCUCUGCUGAAGCUGCUCCACAUUUUCUUCACAAACUUUGAUUUGGACUUCAGAGGACCGGAUGUUCCCGAUCCGCCAGCGUCCGACGUCCGGCUCAACACACACAUGCUCCAGCUCGACCUGAGCGGCUUCUACAGGCUCCUGCCCGACUGGGUCCACGGCUACGAUCACUUCAGCGUGCGCUGCUCGCUCACACACUGCGGCAGGAGUCUGACGGAGCCGGUCGUGUGUGAGAACAUCAGCACGUCACUGACGCUGCACUGCAGGAUCCGCUGCAGCCGCCUACUGGUGUUUCCUGUUCCAGUUGGAGAGCUGCCGUAUGAAUCAAUGCUCACUUUUCAUCUGUUGGGCUCAAAACAGUCCCGAAACCCCGAGCUCCUCUGCUGGGCGGCCCUCGCUCUCUUCAGUAACAGGACUCUGGUUCACGGCACGGUUCUGCUCAGCAUGUCCACACAGGUGCCGCCCAGGUGUCCUCCGUCAUCAGCACUGACCCACGGCCAUCGGCAGCCCACGGGGGUCAUUCUACAGCUUGUUUUCCCAGACUCUGAACAGUGGCGAUACGAGCGAGCGUCCGCACGGCCCGGGUCCGUCCUCGAGUCUCCCUCGUGUGAACCCGUGUGUGACGAGCUGCAUAAGAGAAUAGCAGACGUGUCUCAGAAACACUGCCUGUCGCUGUUGACUGAGAACGAGAAGGUGUUCCUGUGGAGCAGACGGCAGGCGUGCAGCUCGAGGAACUCUCUCCUGCACCUGGUGUUGGGCAGCGCCCCUACGUGGAGACCGCAGGACCAGCCCGAGAUCUACGGGAUCCUGCGGCGCUGGCGAAUCAGCUGCGAGGAAGCCUUGUUCCUCCUGAGCCACGAGUUUCAUGACCAGUUUGUGCGUUCAGUGGCUGUGCAGCAUUUCCAGCAGAUGUGUGACAGUCAACUGGAGGAGUUUCUGCCACAACUGGUGCAGGCUCUGAAGACGGAGUGGGACUCUGACGGGCCGCUGGUGACGCUGCUACUGUCCAGAUCCCUGCGCUGUAUCCGGAUCGCUCAGCAGCUGUACUGGCUGCUGGUGGACGCUCUAGAGGACUGGCUGUAUAAGAGCUGGAUCAGUACGGUUCUGUCGGCACUGAAGCACUGCUGUGGACGUGCGCUGAGACUCGAGCUGCAGCGGGAGACUCAACUGAUGGAUCUGCUCACACACCUGGCCCAGAGAAUACACACCGCAGACAAACACAAGAGAAAGGAUGUGUUUCGCAGAGAGCGAUGGAAGAUCGGCAGCUUUUUCUCCGACGGUCUGUCCUGCAGGCUCCCGUUAGACCCGGCGGUCGAGGUCACGGGGGUCAACAUCGAGGCUUUUAAGGUUUAUAACUCAAACGCAGCUCCUGUGGAAGUGUCCUUCAUCACCGCCGACCCGCUGGGACGAAACUACAGCGUCAUCUGCAAGAGCGGAGAGAACCUGCGGCAGGACAUGCUGGUGCUGCAGAUCGUGCGUCUCGUGGACCGCAUGUGGAGGCUCGAGCAGCUGGACAUGUGCAUGGUCACAUACAGGUGCCUUUCUGCUGGCAGAGAUCGAGGUCUGGUGGAAGUGGUGCAGGACGCAGUGACUCUGGCGACGAUCCAUCAGGAAUGGGGUUUAUCCGGAGCGCUGAGGGAAGACACCUUAGAGAAGUGGUUCCACGUGAGGAACAAGACCAAAGACGACUACGAGAAGGCGGUGCUGAACUUCCUCCACUCGUGUGCCGGCUGGUGUGUCGUCACGUUUGUUCUGGGCAUCUGUGAUCGCCACAACGACAACAUCAUGAUCAAACACAGCGGCCACAUGUUCCACAUCGACUUCGGCAAGAUCAUGGGAAACGCACAGAAGUUCGGCAGCAUCAGGAGAGACCGGACGCCCUUCAUCUUCACGCCGGAGAUGCAGCGCUUCAUCACAGGCGGCGGCGAGAACCCUCAGCGCUUCCAUCGCUUCGUGGAGCUGUGCUGUAACGCUUACAACAGCCUGCGCACACACACACCGCUGCUGCUCAGCCUCCUGCAGUCGAUGCUGGCGGCCGGAAUGCCUGAUGUGAAGGAUGUCCGGGAUCUUCAGUAUGUUCACAAUAACCUGCGGCCACACGACUCUGAGCUCGAGGCCACUUCAUAUUUCACCAGAAAGAUUAAAGAGAGCAUGGAGAGUUUCCCUGUGAAGUUAAACUUCCUGAUCCACAAUAUGGUGCAGUUUUCCUCCGGCAGACGUCCGGAGCCGCUGACUGACAGCCGGAUCUCCAACAGAGCCAACAUCCAGCAGGCCGUGAUCCAGAAAUACAGCGGCAGCGGCAAAGAUGUGACGUACGAGCUGAAGCUGACCAUCGAGGACGGUUUCGUCAUCAGUCACAAGAGCUUUGCUCAGUUAGAGACGCUCCACAAGCUGCUUCAGAAGCACUUCAUCGAGUCCACACUGCCCAAGUUCCCUCACUGGUUCCACAUGUCCUUCACGGCGAGCAGGAGGAUGGUCCUGCUGAACCGGUACCUGAAGGAGCUGUUCUCCGGGCCCUGCAGAGGAAACGAGUAUGUGUGCAGCCUGUUCCUGGACGGACCGGACACCACUGGCAAAUCAGCAGACGCUCAUCUCCGGCCACAGAUCCAGCUCUACCUGUCAUAUAAAGACUUCAAACUAUCUGUCAUGAUCAAGCACUUGAAAAAUAUUAGGUUGUCCAACGGCUCGUGUCCGGAUGCGUAUGUGGUCACGCGACUGCGACCCGAUCCACACGACCAGAGCAAGAGGAAGACUAAAGCGGUUCGCAGCAACGACAAUCCCACAUUCAAUGAACUGAUCGAGUACCGGAAUGUGCUGAAGCUCCACGGCCGUGUGCUGGAGGUCACGGUGAAGAGCAGGAAGGCUUUCGUUGCGGCCACAAACGUGGUUCUGGGGGAGAGGGUUCUGGACCAGGAGAAGUGGUUUCCUCUGGGCUUCUCUGCGGUUUAGAGACCAGCUUUACUCAGCGCUCACUGAACAGAGCCAUCGGCUGUUUACAUGAACUCCACGUUUCUGAUGGAGAUCAUAUCAUAUGAAGGAAAGAUGGCGAUCAGUAUUAAUAAAGCUCAUGGGAUGGAGUUUGCCGCGGUCUCCUUGGUGUCGCUGCUCAUAGAGACACGUUAAAGCUUUUUAAACUAUUGUGGAUCCAAUUCUCUGUAUUCUAGACCUGCUUUGUUGUCCUUGUAUUAUACGUUGUGUUAGAAACCACCGAUUCUUCACAGAGUUUUUACGGAGCCCCUAAAGGGACGUGGUGGUGGAAAAAAAAUUUAGGAUGGGAGAUUUUUUUUUUCAAAACUUUUGCGUUUCCCCGAGAAUUUUGCGUUCACCCGAGAAACUUUUGCAUUCCCUCACAAAGAUAUUUGCGUUCCCACGCAAAAGUUUUGCGUCCAAAGUUUUGGUGAGAGAACAGCACCAAACAGGUUUUGCGUGGGAACGCAAAUAACUUUGUGAGGGAACACAAAACUUUUGCGUGGGAACGCAAAGUUUCUCGGGGUAACGCAAAAGUUUUGA